CCCUUAAACUACAAUUAACCCCGAGGCCACUGGGCUUGUCCCUACCGGGCUCCCGUAGUUGUGGAAAGCGGCGUUUGGAAGGAAGAAGGGAGAGCGCGCGGGGUCAGCUGACGGCUGUCUUCCAGAUGCGAUGGAGGAAGAGGAGGGGGGGGGGCUCCCUCAGCUGAGCGGCGACAGCGGCAACGUCUCACAGAGCCACAGCAGCGCCUCAGGCCUCGCCGACGAAGAGGCCUCCUCCGCUGGAGCGGAGCCGCUGGUGCUUCUGGGCAGCCACUAUGCCGCCUACCUGCUGCCUUCGCCUUUCGGGCAGAUUGAAACUUUAGACAAGGGUCUGGAGGAUUUGUUGACCAGGGUAGAUGAAUUUGUGGGAAUGCUCGACAUGAUUCGGAGUGAUUCCUCUCAAGUAGUAAAUGAAAAUGUCCCACAUAUUCAUGCAAAGGCUGUGGAAAUGAGGCAGCUAUAUAGAAAGAUUGACAAAUUGGAGGCCUUUGUUAAAAUGGUUGGAAAUAGUGUUUCUGGGAUGGAGGAACAGAUCACAAAAGCAGAAUCAGACCUGGGAACAUUUCCAAAUACUUUUAAAAAACUUCUACACACAAUCAAUGUGCCAUCUUUUCUUAAUAGAUUUUAAUUACAGAAAUCAUCUUCCUCAAGACAGAAUUCAGCCUCUUACGAACCUUCUGAUCUCUUCAAAACGGAAGAUUACUUUCCUUGUCUUGGUGAAGCACAGAAUAAGUGACAUAACUGAAAAUGACAUUUUCCAAAUGGUAGUAUUGUAACUGGUUGAGUGCCAGGCUGUUCUUCAGGUUGUUGCUCUUUGCAAACAGUGGCCUGCUGCCUUCCUGUGUGUGUUUCAGUCUCUCUUCAUCCACUUUGCAUAUAGCUUGGGUUGUUUUUUUUUUUGCUUUGAACAUGUGAUUUCUCAUGUCUUCCUAAAGGCUCAGAAAUAUAUAUAUCUUUGAGUGGCCACUAACCUUAUCAGUUAGCCUUAUUGAACGGAGGGGAUAGAGCUGUGGAGAACAAGUGUACUUUCACCCUGCUGGUGCAACCAACUACUUUUCACAGACAUGGGAAAGAAAGGAACAGCCACCCACCACUCUCUUUUAUCUUGCCAAAUUAGAAAGAAGCAUGGGAGACGAGAACUGAAACCUAAUAUGAAAGAGAUUUGUUCCUUGCAUCUCCCCCUUUGCCAAACUCCAGUCCCUCUUUGGCUUUGCCAGAAUGAAAACAAACAAGUAGAACAAGCAAAUACGUUCUGCCGGUUUGUACUUCUCCCAAUUCUGCUCUCCAUGAAGGAGGGUGACAAGAGCCAAACAAGAAAAUGUCCCUUUCCAAGAAAAAAACUCAAGAGGAUCAGUAGAGUUGACCUAACAGCAACCAGUUGCCAGGACUUUGGUAUAUUUUUUCUUUGCUAGCUUCUUUUGGAAAUUUUGAAUACAUGGCCUUCUGUAAUUACUGAAAAAUGAUUUAUGUAGGGAAAAUGUAUAUUUUUGAGUUUUGCUGCUACUAGUAUUAAUCUGAAUAUCACAGGGGUGUAUUUUUUAAAUAGUUCUAUGGUACAUUUCAGUGCAAUAAGGACCAAAUUAUAUGCAUUCACAUGUUUCAUGAAUGUGUGCAGCUUCUGUUCACCAUCUUUUAAGAGAAACCCACUGUUUGAUAAAAGAAAAGGAAAAGCUCCAUUGUCUGAACUGCCUCAGAGUAAAGGAGAACAGCAAUAUAUUCUGAUUUCUGUAACAUUUCAGCAACAGGUCUCUGACAAGGUUCUUUUUUAUGAAUAUCCUAAAAUGUGUGUAUAUAAUGCCAAAAAUAUAAUGACCAAAGCUCUUAUAACUUAAAACUUUAAUUAAAAAAUAAAUACGGUUCUCCA